UUUUCAGUGUUUUGUUCGAUCCGUUUUUUCUGGAUUUUUUCGAUCAUCAGGGGAGAGAGAGAGAAGAGAGAUAGAGUGAUGGAGGAGAGCAGGCUGUGCCAGUGGAGUGUGAUUCGAUCCGUACUGGCUAUUGUCCAGUGGUGGGGUUUCAAUGUCACUGUCAUCAUCAUGAACAAAUGGAUAUUUCAGAAACUGGACUUCAAGUUCCCAUUGACUGUGUCGUGUGUUCACUUCAUAUCAUCGGCCAUAGGUGCUUAUUUGGUGAUUAAAGUUCUGAAACUGAAGCCACUUAUCUCAGUCAAUCCUGAAGAUCGAUGGAGGAGGAUAUUUCCCAUGUCGUUUAUAUUUUGUAUCAACAUAGUUUUGGGAAAUGUGAGCCUGCGGUAUAUUCCUGUUUCUUUCAUGCAAACCAUCAAGUCUUUUACCCCUGCAACAACAGUUAUCCUGCAGUGGCUAAUCUGGAAAAAGUACUUUGACUGGCGGAUUUGGGCUUCUCUAAUUCCUAUUGUUGGUGGGAUUCUACUCACUUCUAUCACAGAACUGAGUUUUAACAUGCUCGGAUUUUGUGCUGCUUUGUUCGGCUGUCUUGCAACGUCCACGAAAACAAUUCUUGCAGAGUCUCUGUUGCAUGGAUACAAAUUCGACAGUAUAAAUACCGUAUACUACAUGGCCCCAUUCGCAACCAUGAUCUUAGCUGUGCCAGCAUUGCUUCUUGAAGGAUCAGGUGUUAUCAGAUGGCUUUAUACGUGCCCUUCUCUUUUCUCCUCUCUCCUCAUCAUAUUCGGCUCUGGCGUAAUGGCCUUUUGCCUCAAUUUCUCCAUCUUUUACGUUAUCCACUCGACAACUGCUGUUACCUUCAAUGUUGCUGGAAAUCUUAAGGUUGCUGUGGCUGUUACAUGCUCGUGGCUGAUUUUUCGAAACCCGAUUUCCAUGAUGAAUGCGGUUGGGUGUGGUAUAACUUUAGUCGGGUGUACCUACUAUGGUUACGUGAGGCAUAUUCUAUCACAGCAAGUGCUCGGGACUCCUCAUACACCGCGGACCCCACGCAGCAAAAUCGAGCUCAUUCCUCUGGUUAAUGACAAAUUAGACAACAAAGUUUGAGGAGUUUUUUUUUUCUCACUCUAUAAAUAGGUAUCUUUUACUUUUUACUGUAGAAAAGGAGAAGCUUUUUACUGUGGGAAUUAUGUAUUUUAUUUUUCUUGUUUUUCUAUCUUUUAAUUUAGUUCAUAGUUAUGAGCAUUUGGUUCUUGUUCCAGUGAGAUGGAUGUUAGGUGAUGAAAUUUUUUAUCUUAUUUUUCUAUCUUUUAUCUUUAGCCACUUCUAGUUCUGGUGUAUACUUUUUCCCCACCUUCCGGCUUUCGUGUUAAGA